AUGGCGCAGGUCAAACAAGACCCGGAUGCCAUGUACAUCAAACCUGACCCCGAUAACAAGGAUCUGGUCCUCGGCGAUAUUGACGAUGAAGACCUCUACGAAGAUGCAGGUGAUCUGGACUUUGUAGCAGCUAACCAGCAUGUGUGGUUAUCCCGACUUCCUCGGCAGCUUUGGGAAAACUGGGCGCAAAUCGAUGAUGACGAAGAAAUUGAGAUUGGCACAAUGAGGAUAGAGGGGGACCCAUCAGACCUGAAGCGGGUCAGCUUGCGACUCCAUGAACGACCAGAUAAUAAACACAUCCCCAAAGACUACACCCUCCAACGCCAAACCGUCACAACCACAAACGCCUCGCACAUGACACAAAAUACCUACGUCUUUACAGAGAAGGAUGUACCCGGUGCUGAAAAUCGCAUGGCUUCGUUCGGAGAGACCCGAUCUGCCUUGUACGAGGCGAUGAAGCGCGAAGCUAAGAGGAGGGAGGCAGGCAAGAAAUGGGAGCCUUAUGUGCGGAAGACAAUCCCAAAACAAACUGCGCUUAUCGGACGAGUCAGUGAGGAAUUUAACUGUCUACCCGUGGAAAACGAAGAAUUCCGCAAGAUUUCAGAGACCCGGGCUCUGGAGGCUUUGAAGCCAAAGACGGGAGUAAAGUUUGUGGAGAAGAUUCCGGCACAUCUCCUCCAGGCGCGCCAUGCUCUGCCUGUGGACAAAGGCACUUUUGUGCAAGCCACGAAGCCUAUCAAGUCCAAGUCACAGGAGAACAAGACUACGCGUAUCGCACAAAACGAGCUGUUGGACAAGAUCUUCCAAUGCUUCCGCCAAUACCAAUACUGGCCGUUUAGAUCUCUCAAGCAUCAGCUGCAACAGCCUGAAGCUUAUCUCAAGCAAACUUUGGAACUGGUGGCACAUCUGAUCAAGUCCGGAGAUCAUUCUAUGACAUGGCAAUUGAAACCGGAGGCACAAGAAGCCAACUACGCUCAACAAGCAUUGUCAUUCGACGACGCCAAGGCUGAAUUGGCUCCCGAGCCUGAAAAUUAUGAUGAUGGCUCGGAAGAAGACCAAACUGCUUCUGGCGUUGAUGAAAUGCAAUUCUAA